AGUUCCAGCUGGGGGCCCAUUCUAGGAACGCGGCUCCCUCCACUGCAGCCCUGGCAGCAAUAUCCAGAUCCUGCCUCCCCCCAGCUCCACACCACUGGGGUGUGUCCCACAGCCGUGGGGCUGAAGGUGCGGCAGAAAGGGGCCGCGUCAGUUCACUACUCUGCCAACCUGUCCUGGCACCGCAACAGGCUCGAACCCCGCUACCUGGCCCCGGGAUUAAGGGGAGCGGCGCCGCCGGCCACCGGAGGGGGACGGGGGCGGGGAAGGGAAGAGAAGAGUUCUGGGCUUUUCCAUCCGUCCCGGCUCGCGCGCAGCUGUCGCCUCCCCUUUCGCCCCCUCCCCGAGAGGCGAUGGCUUCCAAACUCCUUCGGGCCGUCAUCCUGGGUCCCCCGGGCUCCGGCAAAGGGACCGUGUGCCAGAGGAUCGCCGAAAGCUUUGGGCUCCAGCAUCUCUCCAGCGGCCACUUCUUACGGGAGAAUAUCAAGACAGACACGGAGUUGGGCAUUCUGGCCAAGCAGUACAUACAGCAAGGGCUCUUGAUUCCGGAUCAUGUGAUCACCCGGCUAAUGAUGAGCGAGCUGGAGUCCAGACGCGUCCAGCCGUGGUUGCUUGAUGGCUUUCCCAGGACAAUAACGCAGGCCGAAGCCCUGGACAAGAUCUGUCAGCCGGACCUCGUGAUCAGCCUGAACAUUCCGUUCGAAACCCUCAAAGACCGCCUCAGCCGGAGGUGGAUUCAUCCUCCAAGCGGGAGGGUCUACAACAUGGAGUUCAAUCCCCCUCAGGUCCAGGGGGUUGACGAUGUCACUGGCGAGCCUUUGAUCCAGCAAGAGGAGGAUAAACCCGAGGCUGUUGCUGCCAAGCUGAGACAAUAUAAGGAGGUCGCAAAGCCCGUCAUAGAAUUAUACAAGACCCGAGGGAUCCUCCACUCCUUCUCUGGGACAGAGACUAACAAAAUCUGGCCGUAUGUUUACUCACUGUUUUCCAGCAAGAUGGCCUCUAUUGGAGCGAAAGAAGCUUGAGAAAGAAGCUUAUAGCACAGAAGGACAAGGAGGAUGUGGUUGUUCAUUAAAUUGUGUGUGUAGUAUUGGUGCUGUGUUCAAAUUAGAAGCUAAUCGAGAUCACUUGAAGCGCCUUCCUCGGGUAUCCCGGGAGUGGAUAUCGACAGGAAUCUGUAUAGUGAGAUGACCAAAAAAGAGGGCCCUCUUCCCCUUAGGAAGGGAGUCCCAAAGGAUUAAAACCCUUUUCCUGCCCCCAGGCUGUCUAGGUAGCGAGUGCCAGAUGACUUCUCUCACCUGUAACUCAUUUGGAAUGGCGUGGGGGUUUCUGUCCGGGCGUUCUCUGGGAGGUCGCGGUGGGACGGCGCCCCGGGGGCUGCCCCAAAGCCCAUGGACUUGAACCCAGAAGAUCUCGGUCGCAGAAGCUCCGCCUCUGUCUUUGCCCUUGUAGCCCCUUGUCCCGUGGUUCUCUGGGAUUCUGUCCGACGUCUGCUUUCGUUUUCUGUCUUUGGGAUGUGAGUGCUUUCUCAUCCUCCUCCGGCUCCAGAAGAUUGUUCUCCGUGCCCUCCUCCGAGAAGAAAAGCAGAAGGACGGCUUCCUCCUCCGCGCCUCAGCCCCCUUCCCCGGGACGCCGUAGCUAACGGGGGAGAUGGCUGCCCCUCUGAAACCUCUUCACAUCUCUUAGGAAGGAACGAAUAGAAUCCAUUCAAACUCCAGCGACUGAGGGGUACAUGGGGGACAUUCAACCCCAGAUUGGAGUUCCCUCUGUGGCCCCUCGGCGUCUCCCACAGAAUCCCCACACGUCAUCUCCAGUGCUGAAGAUCACGUGUCAAAGCGGUUAAAAAUACAACAUGGCGGGGACUCGGUGCAGUGUGGUAUAAUGGCUAGCGCGUUAGAGAUAGGAAGAUCCCACCCCUUCCUGCAGCUGUGUGUCCCCGGGCUCCUCAUCUGUAAAAUGAGGGGUUUGUGGGGAUGAUCCCCGGAGCUUAACUUCCGGAACCUACUAGAGUAAAAAGACAUUGUAGUUUUUCUUCAGAAUGAACUGAGAGAUGCUGCUAAAUGUGAGUGUUGCGCCUGGGAGGUGGAGGGGUCCGGAGCUGAUUGUAGACACUGCACACGAGUCCGUGCCCCCUGGAGAAAGCCUCUGCACUAACCACGUCUAGACCAAGUAUGAUAGCUUUAAUCCCAGAGGGCGUCCGUGUGGGGAAGGGCCAAAGGAUCCCAAAGGCUUCAUCCCUUAGCCUUGUUUCCUCUGGAAAAUCUAGAAAAAUGCUAUUUAUUCCUGCUGCCUUAGAGUUCACGAGCGUCCUCUGCCCGUGACUGGGAGGAAGGGGGUGCGUUUCCCCGAGGAAAUUCUCUGCUGGUGUUUCUGGGAAGGAGCCUUUUCCCCCGCCCCCCGCUCACUGCUGGAAAGAGGGCCUGCUUUCAGGGCUUCGGCUGACGGAGCUGAGAUGCAUUAUUUACUCAGCGAAGCUUUCCUCGACGUCUGCGCGACGCCCUUCGUUUGGUGGCUCAGCCUCGGUGAACUGGAUGUUCUGUAUAUUUUUUAAACAAGUUUUUUUUUGCCAAACUGACUUUGCUUCUCUUUGCCCUCCUGAUUGAAUAUAUUACUUGUGUUCUCUUCUAGCUGUCUUGAUGGGGAGCCAAGUUUUCUACUGUUUUAUUGGGUGAGUGGGUGGGUGGCGGCGAUGGAAACGGAGUGUUAAUUUUUCCAAUUUGUGUAAUUAAAAUUCCUGCUCUGGG